AUGCCUUCACAACCCUCAAACGCGGGUAUCGUCACUGACGAAAACAGCGGCAGCCGUGAGAUCCCACAGUCUGUCCGUGCAGAUGGCACCACCCGCCGAGCCAUCAAGAUUCGCCCAGGAUACCGCCCUCCUGAGGAUGUCGAAGUUUACAAGAACCGUACCGCCGAAGCUUUUCGUGAUCGAGGCAAGAGAAUUGGCAUUCCAGGUGCCACGGGUAUGAAGGAGGAGAGCUCCGAGCAAAGCUCGGCCGCCAGCAAUAAGAACGCAAAACGCCGCGAGGCUCGAAAGAAGGCAAAGGCCACUGAUGGUGAUGCCCCGGCUUCACAGGAGGCUAAGGCCGAAGAGGUCGACCCCGAGGUUGAGCGCGAGAAGAAGGCCCGCAAUCUUAAGAAGAAGCUAAAGCAGGCCAAGGAUCUCAAGGACAAGAAGGAGGGUGGAGAAGCACUACUACCAGAGCAAAUCGCCAAGGUCAUCAAGAUUAACGAACUGAUUCGAGAAUUGGACGCGCUUGGUUUCGACGCUGAAGGGGAACCCAAAACGGCGCCUACUGAGGACGACAGCGAGAAUAAGGAUUGA